AAGCUCGUGCUCGUGCGCCACGGCGAGUCGACGUGGAACGCGAACAAGACGUUCUCGGGCUGGGUCGACGUCGACCUCAACGGCGUCGGCGAGCGCGAGGUCGAGCACGCGGCGCGCCUCAUGAUGGAGCGGGGGCUCACCAUCGACGUCGUCUACACGUCGCUCCUCAAGCGGGCCAUCCGGUCCGCGUGGAUCCUCCUCCGCGAGUCGAAGCAGUCGUUCCGCCCCGUCGUCAAGGACUGGCGGCUCAACGAGCGCCACUACGGCGCCUUCCAGGGGCGGUCCAAGCCGGGCCUGGCGGCGCUGCUGGGCUACGAGCAGGUGCGCGACUACCGCGCGGGCUUCGUCGCGCGGCCGCCCGCGCUGCCGCGGCACCACGCGCUGUCGCCGUUCCGCGAGCGCAAGUACACGGGCGUCGCGGCCGACGACCUGCCGCUGACGGAGUCGCUGCGGGACUGCCUCGAGCGCGCGCUGCCCGUCUACGAGGACCGCAUCAAGGCCGACGUGCUCGACGGCAAGGACGUCGUCGUCGUCGCGCACGGCAACGCGCUGCGGGGGUUAGUGAAGGCCAUCGACGGCCUCAGCGACGACGUCAUCGAGAACGUGGCCAUCCCCAACGGCAUCCCCCUGGUCUACGAGUUCGCGCGGAGC